GCAGUAUAGAAAUCUGCACUGAGCAACAAAGACAACUUUGCAUGUGAAAGCUGUGUGAGAUGCACAGCGUGCACAUGUGCAGUGUGGGAGAAAGACUUAUCUGGGAAAUCCGGCAUUGACAAGCUGGUUAGCGAAACUACUGUUCCCUUCUUUGGCUGGACUGGACCACCAUGGCGAUGUGGGGGACCUGGCCAUGGCGGUUGAGCUAUGUUCUACCCUUGUUCAUCCCUUGCUCAGCUCAAGAACAGAAAGGGUUUUCCAUUCCGGAACACGGAUUUUGCCAAGCCAUCUCUAUUCCGCUGUGCACCGACAUUGCCUACAAUCAGACCAUCAUGCCCAACUUGCUGGGCCACGCCAAUCAAGAAGAUGCUGGGCUGGAGGUUCACCAGUUUUACCCGCUUGUUAAAGUCCAGUGUUCACCAGACCUCAAGUUCUUUCUGUGCUCCAUGUAUGCACCGGUAUGCACAGUUUUGGAGCAGGCGAUCCCCCCUUGUAGGACUUUAUGUGAAAGGGCCAGGCAAGGCUGUGAGGCGCUGAUGAAUAAAUUUGGGUUUCAAUGGCCUGAAAGGUUGCACUGUGAGAACUUCCCUAUCCACGGUGCCGGAGAGAUCUGCGUGGGUCAGAACACAUCCGAUGGUAGCAGUCCAACACGGGUUCCGACACCGGACCUCCUGGAACCGUUGACCUUUCCAUCCCAAGAAACCUCACCCUUCUCCUGCCCACCGCAGCUGAAAGUGCCAGCUUACCUCAGCUACCGUUUCCUUGGCGCCAAGGACUGCGGUGCCCCCUGUGAGAUUUCAACACCCAACGGGCUAAUGUAUUUCCGAGAGGAGGAGCUUAAAUUCGGGCGUAUCUGGGUCGCUGUCUGGGCUGUCGUUUGCUGCAUCAGCACACUCUUCACUGUCCUGACAUAUGCGGUGGAUGCACAGCGGUUCCGUUACCCGGAGAGACCUGUGGUCUUUCUCUCCGGUUGCUACUUCAUGGUGGCGUUAGUGUACGUCACUGGUUUCCUGCUUGAGGACAAAGUUGUCUGUGUGGACAAGUUUCAGGCAGACGGUUACAAGUUGGUGAUUCAGGGCACCAAAAAAGAGGGCUGCACCAUCCUCUUUAUGGUGGCCUACUUCUUUAGCAUGGCCAGCUCAAUUUGGUGGGUUAUCCUCUCGCUCACCUGGUUCCUGUCGGCAGGGAUGAAGUGGGGCCACGAGGCAAUCGAAGCCAAUUCGCGUUACUUCCACCUGGUAGCGUGGGCAGCGCCAGCAUUGAAAACGGUCACUGUUCUGGUUCUGGGACAAGUGGAGGGCGACCUUCUGACCGGUGUGUGCUAUGUGGGUGUGUACGACGUGGACGCCCUGCGGGGCUUUGUGCUGGCUCCGCUCUUUGUCUACCUCCUCGUGGGCACUUCCUUUCUACUGGCCGGCUUUGUGUCGCUCUUUCGCAUCCGCACCAUCAUGAAACUCGGUGGUACUGAGACAGAGAAGCUGGAGAAGCUGAUGGUGCGGAUCGGCGUUUUCAGUGUGCUCUACACUCUGCCUGCUGCUGCAGUGGUGGCCUGCCACUUCUAUGAGCAGGCCCUGCGUCCACAAUGGGAGCGCACAUGGCGCAUGCAGACCUGCAAACGCUUUGCGGUGCCGUGCCCAUCGGGAGACGUUGAUCCCCUGACACCGGACUUCACCAUGUUCAUGAUAAAGUACCUGAUGACCAUGAUCGUUGGGAUAACGUCAGGCUUCUGGAUCUGGUCCGGAAAGACUGUACGUUCCUGGCGCCGCUUUUAUAAAAGACUGAGUGGCUCUGAACUGGCAGAUACUACACUUUAGUUUUUUGGUGCUCACUUUAGCCCUUGUGAAUAUGUAUAUACUGUAUAUGUACAGGGUUGUGUAUGUGUAAAGGCUAGUACAGUGGUACCAUGACUUAGGGUUACGCUGAGUUUGUUUUUUGUUUUUUUUUCCUAAUGAGUCGUUGCAAGAUUUUUUUAAAUUUUACUUCUUGCUUUGAGUUGUGAGCCAAAAUUUGAGUUUGUCACUUAGAGGAGAACAUAGUCAAUACUACAAUUCUUGUUGGGACAUUGGGCUUAUGCUUGUGCCAAUGAACAAUAAUUACGCUUUAUAAAAACACCUUUUAUUUCAUAACAUUCUUUUUUUGUGUGUUUAGAUUUUAUUAAAAUCAUGUAAGAAAAUAUUGUGGUUUUUCAAGGGACUAGAACAAACUAUUGGAAAUAAUCAUUUUAACAAAGUUUUUAACUAAUAUGGAGGUAAACUGAAACAAACUUUAAAAGAAAUGGGUUUCCGUGUUCAUUUAUUCACAUUCAAAAUGCUUGAUGAUUGCUCCUUUUUACUGUGUUUAGUCACCAUAGAAAUACAUAAAA